AUGAGUCGCUUCUACAUCGACGACUCGUCCUCCCCAACCUCCCCUACCCGCGCCUCCUCAGACUCAGACAGUGACACCGAUCUGCCAUACCCAGCGCCCCUCGAACGCUCCGUCUUCCUACAACCUGAUUUCACCCCGCAAACCUACCUAUCCACCCUGCACAACCGCCACCAAACUCUUGAAGACCUACGCUCCGAGCUACGCUCCCGCUCCGCACUCCUCUCCCGCGAACUGCUCGACCUGGUAAACACCCACUACACGGAUUUCUUGACGCUAGGCGCGAGUUUAAAAGGCGGGGAUGAGCGCGUGGAGGAGGUGAGGGUGGGGUUGUUGGGGUUUAGGAAGGAGAGGGAGGAAGAGGUGGAGAGGCUGGUGAGGGAGAGGGAAGAAACGAGGAGGAAGAUUGCGGUUGGGAGGCAGCUUGUGGGGUAUGAGGAGGGGUUGAGGGGGUUGGAAGAGGGCCUGGUUAUUGAGGCUGCCACUGGUGCGAGUGACACUAGUGAUGAAGAGGAGGACGACGAUUAUGAUGGAGACGAGGAUGAGGACAAAGGUGUGGUGGGUGGGGUUUCGAUUGCGAAGCUAAGACGGCACGUGCUGCAGUGGAGGGUAGUACGGGAGGCAGAGAAGAAACUGGGUGAGCAUCCGUUCGUGGCUGCGCAGGCGCCGCGGAUGAGUAAGGUGCGGAAUACGCUGUUGCUGGAUUUGAGCACGGCGUUGCAGCAGGCAAAGGCAGUGAAGGUGUCGGGAAGGGUCAUGGGUAUCAUGAAGGUCUAUGCGGAGAUGGGGGAGGAGGGCGAGGCGGUGAAGGUGCUCAAGGGCUUGAAGGCGUGA